AAUAGUAUAAAUAGAAGGCUUAAGAGAAAGACAAAGAAGCAAGAGGUGAGUAGUCAGAAAUUGUACAAGAAGAAAGCCAAGAGAGUCAGUUCAACAUGAGCCAAGGUGUAGCAAAUGCAGAGAAAAUUCACCAUGGCCCUCACUGGAAUGGGGAACACAAUGAAGAAUUCUUCAAAAUGGAUAAGAAAGAAAUUCAUAUCUCCUCAAGAGCCAUGAGAAUCACAUGGGGGAACGAUUGCAGAUUCUGGCAGUGGACUAAUUUAUCAAAAGAUGAAUCAUGCUUUGGCUUAGGAGCAGAGCUAAUUCAGGUAAAUUGGAUAGAGGUGGUCAGCUUGCUUGACUUGGAAAAAAUUCGCCUAGAUCCUAUGAAGAACUAUGAAGUGAUCUACAUAGUAAAGUUCAAGGUUGAUGCAUUUGGCUGGCAUUCUUGCCCUAUUAUAUUUGAAGUCUCAACCCCGGAUGGGAAGAAGAGAAGAAGGAGCGAGAUCUUGGACUAUUACAAGAAAAAUGGCCAUAACUGGCAGGAGAUCUACGGUGGGGAGUUCAGCUUAGCUUCUUCCAAUCUAAUGGGGAAAGUUGAGUUCAGUAUGAAGGAGGUGAAGACUGACUGGUGGAAAGGAGGCAUAGUUCUUGAAGGAAUCAAAAUAAGGCCCAAGGUUGCUUGAUCAAUUUUAGUUUAAAUCAUAUUUCCUCAUAUGUUGAGGGCUAUAGUUUUAGAGAACUAUUAGGAGGAGAUUGCAUUCGGAAAGAUGAUGCGUACCACUACUUAUGAAACGUCUCCUACAUUCAUUUUCUAUUCACCCAUGAAUUCAUUAAUCCAAACUAUGAUUUGCUUUGAGCUUUGGGCUUUCACAUCUA